AUGGCCUUCCCACCCCCCGAACUCCGCGAAAUCGCUCAGGAAGUCGCAACCCUCCUCAAAAAACACAACGCCACCCUCUGCGUCGCCGAAACAGCAGCAGGCGGCCUCAUCUCCGCCUCCCUCCUCGCCCUCCCCGGCGCCUCCGCCUUCUACGCCGGCGGCCUAACCCUCUACACCCUCGCCUCGCGCACCGCGUUCGUCGGCUGGUCGCCCGCCGACACGGCAUCCUACACGGGCCCGACCCCCGCCGUCGUGCGCAAGCUCGCCGCGUCCGCGCGCGAGAAGCUCGGGGCUACGUAUGCGGUUGCCGAGAGCGGGACGGCGGGGCCUACGGGCGGGGAGAGCAGGAACAGGACGCCGGGGUAUGUGGCGUUGGCGGUUUGUUGGGAGGGUGGGGGCGUGGAGAGGGAGGUUGAGACUGGCGAGAAGGGAAGGGAGGGGAAUAUGGUUAGGUUUGCGGUGGAGGGGUUGAGGUUGGUUAGGGAUGCGGUUUUGGCCCGGGAGGGGGAGGGUGGGAAGGGAGAGGGUGGGGAGGGGGAGAAGGGUGGGGAGGGGGAGGAGGAGGGUGUUAGGCUUGUGCCUGGCGGCGAGAAGGUCGAGGAGGCGGCUGUGGGUGCGUUUGCGAGCUGA